CUUUGUGCGGUGGGGGGGGGGGAGAGAAGAGGCAAAGAAGGGCCCCGGGCUCUCCUUCACCUUAUAUAGUUCGUUUGAACUUGACCUGCUCCCUGUCACGGAUGUCCGGGAUGAAUCACACUGGCUUCCUCAGCUGCCAUGAUGCCUGCAGCAACCCUAAAGCCUGACAGUAUCUCCUUGUAUGAUCCUCGCCUCCUUCGGGAACUGGACUGGAGCCAGAACACGGUGACAUUUUCCCCUGCCAUUUCUCCUACGAAUCCCGGUGAUGGUUUAGUCUUGAGACCUCUUUGCAUCACAGACAUCAACCGAGGCUUUCUGAAAGUUCUGGGUCAGCUGACUGAAACGGGGGCUGCCGGCCCCGAGCAAUUCAUCAAGACAUUCGAACGCAUGCGAAAUUCUGGAGAUUACUAUGUUACAGUUGUGGAAGACACUAAUCUGGGAGAGAUUGUGGCCACGGCAACUUUAAUCAUAGAACACAAGUUCACUCACUCGUGCGCAAAGCGGGGAAGAAUCGAAGAUGUUGUUGUUAGUGGGGAAUGCCGAGGAAAGCAACUUGGGAAAUUGUUGAUGUCAACUCUCACACUGCUCAGUAAGAGACUGAAUUGCUACAAAAUUACUCUCGAGUGCCUGCCCAAAAAUGUAGCUUUCUAUGAAAAAUUUGGCUAUUUAGUAUCCGAAGAAAACUACAUGUAUCAGCGGUUCUUUAAUUAAAGAAAGGCCGAGCUGUCGUCUCAAUGGACUCUUGGUGGUGGAGCUUCUACUGUCUUCAUUCUCUUUAGGGAAAACGAAUUGGUGUAAGAGGUCACCUCUAGCGAUGGGACAGUUCCUUCCUUACUGAAGACCAAUUAUUUUGGGUAUCCGUGGCAACCGUGAAACCCAUUGGAAUGCAUUUCUCCUCCUCAUGCUACACAGUGCUCCUUUGAUAGCUGGGGUAUUAACAAAUGGUAUAAGGUAGGGGUGGUUUUUUUACCCGAUGAUGGUUUUCCUGCCUUGUAUUCCCCCCCCCCCAAAAAAGUGUCCUGGCUGCUUUUUCUUGGCAGCCAGACUGGGAUUGAUUGGUUUGGUUUUUGGGGUGGGAGAGGUGGCCACACAAGAAUAAUAAGUAUAAAGUCUGUAUCUGACUUAACUGCACUGGCAUUAUUGCCUCCCAAACAAUGUUUGCAGUCAGGACCUCCGAAGCGUGGUUGAUCCCACGCCUGGUCACCGUUUAGAGGAGUGAUUACGCUCAAGCAUGCCAGGGCUUAUGCUGAUGUGGCUUUAAUAUCUCAGGCCAUCCUAUGUAGUAAACGUGAAGCAAAAUCUGUCCAUGUUGUCUGAAUUGCAGAAGGCAUCUCAGAAGCAAGAUGCCGCCUGCAGCCCCAUGUGGCUAUGAAAAGGCCAAGUAUAACAGAACGCAUCUUUCCAGCUCAAGCGGUCACUUGUACUCUUUGCCAGUGCGUUCUUCCAUCACAUUUGCCCCACCCAACAGAUCCCUUAACAGCCAGAUUCCUGACCUUACAAGCGUUUCCUACAUCCUAGUCCCAUGGCCUUUUGAUGGGUUCCUUUAUUGGAUAAAUUAUAACAUUUCUUGCCACUAGAUGGUAAUAAGUGUAUAACUCCCCUUCAGUCAUUUUAACAUGAAGCAUGGAGGUACUGAUUUGUUUGGGGGCAAAUAAAGGUAGUUACAGAAGAUAUUUUAUAGUUCAGUAAUUAGCUUUACAAAAUAUUAAUAUGUUAUUGAACCACAGAGAGCUGCUGUAAGCUGGGAUGUGUGUUCCAUUUUAUGUGUUCUGGGGUACGCUUUUCUCAAAUAUACUUAUUUAUUGAUUUUUUUAAGCAUUGUAAUGGAAAUAAAUAGAAGUUGUGCUAAUAAAUAUUUUAGAGUUAA